AUGAAAUUCACAUGCAUCACAGUCUUGUUUUGGCCCUUCUCCAUGCUAUUAUUAUCGGACAAAAGCCAGACUUCUAAAAUAGAAGUCAAAUGUAAUUUCACUGAAAAGGAUUAUUCUUUGAUUCCAGUGGGUAUCAAUAAUAAUGUUACUAUCCUUGAUCUCAGUUAUAACAAAAUUACUUUGAAUGUUACAGACACAAGGGUGCUACAGAAGUAUUUUUUACUUACUGAGCUCUAUUUGAUUCAGAACAAUAUCACUAUCUUACAUAAUAGUAGUUUCAGUAACCUCUCCAAUCUAGAAAUCUUAAAUAUAUGUAGAAACUCCAUUUAUGUUAUUCAACAGGAUGCAUUUGUAGGCCUAAAUAAACUAAAACAAUUACAUCUCUGCCAAAACAAAAUAUUACAACUAAAUCCUGACAUGUUUAUGCCGCUAAACAACCUGAAACUUCUGAAUCUGCAAGGAAAUUUGAUAAGCUACUUUGAUGUACCACAACUAUUUCAUCUGGAAUUAAUAAUUUUAUAUGGAAAUCCAUGGAACUGCACUUGUAGUUUAUUCAAUUUGCAGAACUGGUUGAAAACAUCAAAUGUGAUACUAGAAAAUGAGAACAUCACCAUGUGUAGCUAUCCACACAGCCUGAAGUGCUACAAUAUCAAAACAGUACCCUAUAUGGCUGAAUGCUACUCAAAGUUUGCUUCAUCUAUAACUGAAGAUCUUUAUGUUCAUUUUCAGUCCAUUAGCAAUUCAACUUUUAAUAGUUCUUUAAACAAUUUCACAAGAAAUUCAGAACAUGAACCUCUUGGAAAAAGUUGGGUUUUUCUUGUUGGUGUUGUUGUCACUGCACUUAUGACUUCACUCCUCAUCUUAACUGCUAUCAAAUGCCCAAUAUGGUAUAAUUUUCUGCUUAGUUACAAUCAUCGUCGCCUAGAAGAGCAUGAGGCAGAAACCUACGAAGAUGGUUUUCCUGGAAAUUCAAAUUCUCUUCCACAGAUAGGAGAUAUAAACUCUGAAGACACUACAGUAAUAUUUGAACAGUUACAUUCAUUUGUGGCAGAAGAUGAUGGUUUUAUUGAAGAUAAGUAUAUAGAUACCCAUGAACUAUGUGAAGAAAAUUAA